UGCGUACUUUCGAGCGCAGGUUUUUAAAGUCCGGGAUGGAAAGAACAAACAAAACCUGGGGGAGACCCGGCCGGAAAUCGUGGUAUCCAUAGAGACGCUAUCGGAAGUUGGUGUUGCUAGGAGGCUUGGGCGCUCCGGCUAAUCUGCGUCAUGGCUGAAGUCCCAGAAGAUUACGGUUCCGGUCCAGAUGAAGGUGAAGACCUGGGGUUUCAGACACAAAAACUGCUUGGGCCUCUUAAAGCAGCUGAAGAUGCCGAACCAGACACCACGACAGAGGCAGGCCCGGAGCUACUCGUAGAAAUUGACCGAGAGCCACAGCCAGAGACGAAGGAAGAGGACUUCAAAGAGGGGGCGCCAGAGAGUACGAAGAAUGUGCAUCCAAACCUAAAACCAACCAGGAGGUCCCAAGAAGAGAUUCCCGAGGAAUCAGAGAUAGACCUUUCUAGCAAGACUGAGCCAGAGAUUCCCCAAGAGGUAAAGCUGGAGACAUCCAGAGAGAUGGGAGGAGAGCUUUUCAAAGACUUAGAGGUCACCAUGGAUAAAAAGCUGGAGGAACCAGAACUCGAGCCACCAGAGGAGACCAAACCAGAUGUUAAAGAGGAUGUACUCAUAGAGUCAGCUAAGGAAACAGAUCUAGAGCUACCAAAGGAAACUGAGCCUGAGGUCCCAAGAGCCACAAUCCCUGAGACAAGAUUAGAGUUACCAGAGGUGACGAAACCGGAGAUCCCAGAGGAAUCACUUAGAGAGCAAUAUGAAGAGGCAAGUCUAGAACCUCCAGAACAGACCAAGCCUGAAUAUCCAAAUGGGACACCAAGAAAAUCAAUUGAAGAGGCAGAUCUACAGCCACCAAAGAUGACCGCACCAGAGUUUCCAGAGGAGACACAAAUAAAGUCACCUGAGGAGAAAAGGACAGAACCAUCUGAGCAGACCAAACUGGAGUUUAUAGAAGAGAAACCAAGCAAAUCUACAGAAGAGGCAGGUCUACAGCCUCCAGCAAAGCCCAAACCAGAGGUUCCAGAGGAGAUAGGAAGAAAAUCAACAGAAGAGGAAGAGGCAGGGCCAUCUGAGCAGACUAGACCAGCGUUUCUGAAGGAGAAAACAAGCAAGUCUACAGAGGAGGCAGGUCUAGAGCCUCCAGAAGAGACCAAACCAGAGGUUCCAGAGGAGAUAGGAAGAAAAUCAACAGAAGAGGAAGAGGCAGGGCCAUCUGAGCAGACUGAACCAGAAUUUCCAAAGGAGAAAGCAAGAAAGUCUACAGAGGAGGCAGGUCUAGAGCCUCCAGAAGAGAUUAAACCAGAGGUUCCAGAGGAGACAGGAAGAAAAUCAACUGAGGAAAAAGGGAUAGAGCCACCUGAGCAGACCAAACCAGAUUAUCCAGACCAAAAACCAAGUAAGUCUACUGAGGGGAUACGAGGAAAGUCAACUGGGAAGAAAGGUCUAGAGCCUCCAGAACAGACUACACCAGAGUUUCCAAAGAAAAAACUAAAGAAACAACGUAAAUCAACUAAGGAAACAGGUCAAGUACCACCAAAGAAGACCAAAACAGAGGUUCAAGAGAAGACACAAACAGAGCCAACUAAGGAGAAAGAUCUAGAAUUACCAGAUAAAGCCCAACCACUACUUGUAAGAGAGACACAUAAAGAAUUUGCCAACGAAGAGAGGCCAGAACCAAUCAAAUCUAAGCCUUUUGUAGACAAGGACGAGCUAGAGCAUUCUGACUAUCAAAUAAGAAAGUUGUUAGUAAAAGAAAAGUUUACAAAACACGCUAUGUUAGAGUCUCUCCCAGUAGAAGAGGUAGACUCAGUAAAUACAGCUCAUGAAUUUUCAGAAGAACCCCCCAAGUUGUAUGAGCUUACUGAUACCAGUGAGGAUUUAUAUCCCUCCGAGUCUCAGAGGGAUUUAAAAGAGUCCUUAAGUAAAAAGAAAGUUGUAGAUUUGUCCCUAGAGUUGGAGAAACUAGUAGAUGAAGAUAAAGAAACCCAGCCAGAAGAAAGGAUUGAGCUACAAUUCGAGUAUCUUAAGUGGAGCCCAGAGAAAGUUGCAGAGUGGAUUAGCGAGCUAGGCUUCCCUCAAUACAAGGAGUGUUUUACCACAAACUUCAUCAGCGGCCGUAAACUCAUCCAUGUAAACUGCUCAAACCUCCCUCAGAUGGGGAUAACAGAUUUUGAAGACAUGAAGGUCAUUUCUCGGCGUACGCGGGAGCUACUGGGAAUUGAAGAGCCAUUAUUUACACGCACCAUCAGCCUUCCCUAUAGGGACAAUAUCGGCUUAUUUUUAGAGCAAAAAGGUCAUACUGGGGUAAAAUCUGAUUCCUUGACCUUAUCUGAAUUUGUGCGAGUGGCAGGAUUACAGGAUUAUGACCCACAAAUAACUGCCCCUGAAGAGAAUGAGGAAUUAUAUUACACUGAGCUGUAGGGAAAAGUCAUUAGAAUUAGCUUGAAACAUCAAACUAAAUUACUUGGGAGAAGAAAUAUGGUCUUUUGGGUUGUUGUUGUUGUUUUUCUCCCCUUCGUUAAGGAUCAGAAUUAGAACUGCUGGCUCUAUUCCUAGUUCUAUCGCCGACUCACAGCACCUUUCCUUUGUGUUUCAAUUUAGCCUGUUGUUAAAACAAAGACAGUGAUAUUUCUCUUUCCGGGUAACUGUAAGAAUUCCAGAAAAAUUCUAGAACUGCAGCUGGUAGUAGGAACGGGUUGGAGAAAUAGAAUUAAAAGUAAAAUCUCCUGCCAACCCAGAUAAUCCUCUCCACAAAUGCAGAAAAAGGAGGAGUUUUAUUAUUGA